AUGUUUACCUUGUACUCCGUAUCAAUUCCUAUUAAACUUGAUAUUGUCAGGGAUGGCUUACGUUUUAAAAAGGGUAGCGGAGAUUGGGCAUAUAAUAGUUCCGAACCGUGCUGUACGACGACAUUGGAACUAUUUCCAAAUACUACGUAUCAGACAAUUGAAGGCUUCGGAGGUGCAGUAACUGACUCGGCUGCGAUUAACUACAAAAGUCUAUCUCCCGUUUUACAAGAAUAUCUUCUCCGUUCUUACUUCAGCAAGAAUGGUAUCGAGUACAACAUGCUAAGAGUACCCAUUGGAGGCACAGACUUCUCCACCCAUACAUAUGCCUACAACGAGUUGCCUGAAAAUGAUACACAUCUUACUAAUUACACGCUGGCUCCUGAAGACACCAUGUAUAAGAUACCAAUGAUAAAAUCUAUUAUGAAUAUCUCAACGGCUCCCGUACACAUCGUGGCCACGACCUGGUCACCCCCACUCUGGAUGAAAACUCGCCACGAGUAUGGUGGUUUCAGCCGGCUUAAGGUUGAGUAUUAUCAGACGUAUGCGGAUUAUCAUUUAAAAUUUAUUGAAAAAUAUGAUCAGUCGGGGAUACCUGUGUGGGGCAUAACAACAACAAACGAGCCCAUUAAUGGCGUCUUCUCAUUUGUUAAGUUUAAUUCACUCGGAUGGGAUCUGACGGAAAUGGGUAAAUGGAUAACGAAUAAUUUGGGGCCUACAAUACGAAAUUCGAAGUAUAAGAACAUCAAAAUAAUUGCUGGCGAUGACCAACGAAUUACAGUUUAUUACUGGUUCAAUUUGAUGAUGAAAUAUUAUCCGAAAGUUCUUGAUUACGUUGAUGGAAUCGGUGUUCACUACUACACAGACAAGUUCGUACCAGCAUUUGUAUUCGAAACAGUAACGAAAACACACCCUGAGAAAUUCAUUUUGGGUACUGAAGCUUGCGAAGGUUCUGCGCCGUGGCAACUGCAGAAAGUAAUACUUGGUUCGUGGACCAGAGCGAAAUCGUACAUAGAGGAUAUUUUAGAAGAUCUGAACUACAAUUUAGUGGGAUGGAUAGAUUGGAACUUGUGUCUUGAUUUGAAAGGGGGACCUAAUUGGGAAGGAAAUAACGUCGAUUCUCCAAUAAUAGUAGAUAAAGAGAAACAAGAAUUCGUGAAGCAGCCUAUGUACUACGCUAUGGGACAUUUCUCAAAAUUUAUACCACGCGGUUCAUUGAGAAUAAAAGUUGUAGAGAAGAAACAGCUGCUAAGUUCGUCGUUGCGUCAUGUUGCUUUCCUAACUCCGAAGAAUACUACUGUAGUUGUCGUUUAUAAUAACGGUCAAGCUAGAUCAGUUAAUCUGAAAAAUGGCCUCAAACAAAACAUAUUAUAUUUGCCAGCACAUUCUAUUACUACCAUAGAAUACGCUAAUAAUUAAUUCGUUUGAAUACUGUUAAACUUAUUAAUACAACUAUUGAUUGUUUGUUUUUAUUAAAUCAUGAGUUUUAACCAAUUUUCUUUUUUAAUUAAAAACUUCUGUGGUUGUUUUAAAAAGAAUGCAAUUUUAUGUUCUUAAAAAUAUCGACACUAUAUAUAUAUAUAUAUAUAUAUUUUUAAUCGUUUAUUAAUUCUCGUGCACUUAAUUUGACGUAAAAAUAAAAUUGAUUUAAAUUAAAA